AAACGAACCCAAAUAGUUAUAGUUACACACUAGGAUGAUGAAAAAAAAAAAAAACUCACAAGAUUAUUGGAGUAAUAUUUUAUUUAUGGCAUUACAUGACUACUCCACAUAUUAGAUUAGUGGCCGAAAACAGAAAAAGAAAGAAAAACUCAACACAGAAAGUUUUUUGACCUAUGUUUGUCACCACAAAGAAUGUGAAUUAUUAGGUAUAAACUUAGCUAAGUAAGCUCAAACACCAGCUCAAAAACUCCAUCAAGAAUCAAUCCCAACAAUAUUAAAGCGAGUACCAUGGAGCUACUAGAUGUGGGCGCUUGUGGUGCUGCAGUUAAGAAGUGUAAAGUUUCUGAAUUUGGGGAAGAAGAUAGGAUCAGCUGUAUACCUGACCCUGUACUUGCUUAUAUCAUGUCUUUCUUGUCCACAAAGGAUGCAGUGAAGACUAUGCUCCUUAAGCCAUUUGGGAAGCUAUGGACGACUAGGAGCAAUCUUGAUUUCUAUGUGUGUCUGUUUGAGGAGCUGCCUACCACACCUCCUAUGAAUAGGUGGUUCUCAUUUGUUGAUCAUGUCUUACUUCAUCAUGAAGCACCAACUGUAACUCAAUUCCGCCUCAAAUUUGGCCGCACCAUCUAUAGCUCGGGUUUAGAGUCAGGGAAGAUAGUUGAAAAAAUCGACUCGUGGAUCAAUUUUGCUGUAAGGAAGAAAGUGGAGGUUCUUGAGGUGGACAUUGGUCGCCGUUGUCGCUAUGAACCUAUUUUUGAUUAUCACUUGCCUUCGUUUAUUCUUAGAAGUGACACUCUCACGGAGUUAAAUUUGGCAAGCUGUAGCUUGGCAACUGAGGUUGGGAUUCAGAUGAAAUCACUUAAGACCUUGUCACUUGGGACAAUUUUAUUGGAUGACACAUUUAUGGAGGAGAUGUUAGCUGGGUGUCCAUCACUAGAAACCCUGAUCAUUAAUGACUGCCAGGGCCUACAUUUGUUGAAGUUGCCUCAUCAUGUAAAAGAUUUAAAAAUCACCUUGGAUGAAUCUGAGAUGUCACUGUUGGAAAUUAUUGCUCCUAAGUUAAAUUCUAUCAGUGUUUCCGGAGCAAUUGACUUUGUAAAUCUAAAAGUUCCAUCAUCUCUUUCUGCUGCCGCUCUAAACUUCUUUCGUGGAGGAAAAAGCUUUAUUAGUAGACAAAGAAACAUUUGGUUACUUCUUUCAGAUAUAAAGCACGCAGUGCAGCUAAGAGUAUGCCAUUGGUGUGUGCUGGAAUUGGCUGUAAGAGAAUGGAAUGGUUGCCUAUCCCUUACCCGCAAAUCUGUAGUUGUCGAGACAAAACCUACGAGAUGGCACUUCCUUGGCAUAGUGAGCUUGCUGCGGAAUUCCCCUAAAUUGGAGGUGCUGACAGUAUUUAUUGAAUCUGACACAUUUCUCUUCACUUGGGAUGACAUAAGGCAUGAGACACUAGGGAAGCUACCUAGUAGCCAAAUGCAGAGAACAAUGAAGUUCAAUGAAAUCUGUUGCCAAUUGAAAAUCGUCAACAUACAGGAUGGAUGGCUGCAGAUUCCUUUUCCCUGUUUUGUGCAACUCUACCUAUUUCUAUCCAUCGUUAACAGACAAAUACACUGUAAUUGCAAAAAUAUGAGAAAAGAAUCAUUGUUUUACCGAUCCCUAUUCCUAAUCCUGGUUUUAUUUAAAAGUCUGGUUUGUAGGCACCUCUUCAACUUUUUUUGAAUAUAGCUGCCUGACUUGACCUGUUAAUCUGUUAAUCAUUUGAAGAUUCUACUGGAAAUCACUUCAUAUCUUCGUUCAGGCGCUGUGGACUCGCAUGCAUAUUCUGCUUCUCUUUCAUAUAAAUCUUAGAAAAGAAGUUCCUAUUGUAUGGAAAAGCAAAUGCAUGCAAACAGUGGUUGUUGCUUCUUGCACAAAUGAUCCUUCAAUUUACCCAAUAAUUUAAGUUACAUACACAGCAAUGUCACUGUGUACUGUGUAGCAGGUUGCUUACUACUUUUUUCUAGGUUACCAAUCCACAUUUAUUGAAGAGAUUUACCUAAAAUUUCCUAGAGACCUGAUUGUGUAAAUAUCUUUUACAUCGUCCGGGCAUAGACCUUAAACACUUCCACAUCAAACAGGUUCAAAUUUUAUCAGUUCUUCUAAAUGGCAUUUAAUUACUUGUGAUAUCGUAGACGAUAUACACCUUUAAUGUUCUUCUCUUGCUAGUGACUGAUCCUUUGAUGAAUCAACUGUGUGCUAACAAGUAACAAGCCUUGCAUACUUUUUGAUUCCAUAAAUUUGCUUAGCCUCAGUUUGUUAUGUGGUGCAUGCUCAGGCUUGCUCCAGUUCUGCAAAAAUGUAGAGUGUAAGGAAGAUUCAUGAUACAUAAACAUGCCUCCUAUGGGUGGUCAUGACAUGGGAUUUGUCAAUUACUAUUAUAGUUUGUAUUCUAGCUGUGCUCUUAAGUUCAUUUUAUACUAUAUAAGCUAGUUAUCCAAUUCCCAUUUGA